AUGGCCAAAUCUGGCCCCGAAUCGAUUCCACGCAGCAACACUUUCGGAGAUUUUGCGAUCUUGGAACCAAGUCAUCCAAGUCCCAGUCACAGCAAGGGUCUCCUCACCUCCCGCGGCCCAGUGCUUGCCGGAAAGGCCACAGUGAUCAUCAUGGGCGGCAACUCCAACUGGAGAGGUCCUGUCUGGUUUCCGAUCAAUUACCUCCUCAUCGAGUCCCUGCAGAAGCCCCGGUUCCACCAAUACUACGGGGACGAGUAUCUUGUCGAGUGCCCCACUGGCUCUGGCAACAAGGCAGAAGUCCUCUUGCCCCGCCGACAGAAAACCACAAGCUGCUGUAGUUUCCAGAUGAGCAUCUUGAAGAUUGCUGACGAACUGUCCGAGCGGCUCAUCAAGAUCUUCUUGAAAGCUGAGGACGGCCAUCGGCCAGGCAUGCGGCUGCAUGCCAAGAUGAAGGAGGAGCACUUCGACCAAAACCUUCUUUUCUACGAGUACUUCCAUGGAGACAACGGUCGUGGCGUGGGAUCCUCGCAUCAGACGGGCUGGACGGGGCUCAUCGCGAAGCUGAUCCAGGCCCGCGGCCGCGAGGUUGGUGCGGCGAAGCGCACCAAGAAGGAGUACGAAGCCUAUGUCAAGGAGGAGGUGCACACUGCAAGUAGGAAAGCCAGUCCGGCCCACAAGCACGAGAUGCGGGCCCGGGUCAUGUCGCAGAGGAACUUCGACGUGCGAGAUGAGCUUCGCGCAACGGCCGAUCGGCGCAAGCCCGUGCAGGAACGAGCCGUGAUCGGCCACAUUAGCACGACUGGUGGCGUAACCGGCAUCGCACACCGGCUCGCUGAGAUGUUUCCCACGAUUCCUGAGGACACAGUGCAGGGUGCUGUGUCGCAGCUUUUUCGGACAAAUCCCAAUUGCACGCGACAGCAACUCGCAGAUGCAUCCCUGGCUGCGCUCCUGGAAAUGUCGAGCAGCACCGGCGGACCGCAGGCCGUCACCAGCUUUGAGCCUGUGUGUACAAGCGACAGCCAGCCCGAGCUGCCCGAGCAAGAAGAGGCAGCAGCGCCAGUGCACGAUGAGCAAUUGGACAGCUUGCUGGCUGCACUCCUGGGUCUUCCCGACGAUGAGCUGAAACCGUGCGUUUCAACGCUGAGAUCCAUUUUCUCCCGAAUCGCCGAGCAGCCCGACGAGUUGAAAUUCCGACGCUUGCGCAAGCACAACCCGCGCUUUCUUGCGGAGGUUGGAAAACACGAGGAGGCUCUGGCUCUCAUGCUCCACGCAGGCUUUCAACAAGAAGGCGACAGCGACAGCGAGGUCCUUGUCCUUGCCGAGUUGACCGAGUCCUUCAAGCAAGUCUGCGAGGCCAUUCGAUCGGCGGCAGAGCUUGUGGCUCCAGUGUCCUCGACCUCGGAACACCUGGCAGUCGUGCCGCAGCCGACAGCCUUUGCAAGCUGCAG